CCCGCAUAACGUUAUCUUCAGCGAUUGUCCUCGGCACAGUACGUACCUUCUAGGUACCUGGGUAAGCGCUAAAAUUCUGCCGCCCCUCGACAUCUCCACCGCCUUUUUUUCAUUAUUGAUUGUCAAUCGGUCCUCCAGCGCAAUCCAUCCUAACCAUCACCAAUACAUCACCUUUGUCUACACAUCGACUUGCGAAACAUCACCGCGACAAGAUAUCCCACGUUUACUCUACAAUUAAGGAACACUACAUACCAUCCGAACCACCUGCAACAUCCCGCGCUUCACCCAAGCAGAGCAAAACAAGAACGAAAAAUGUCCUCCUCAACCCCCCGCGAAACCUACCAAAUCCCCACCUCCUCCCAAGGCGCCUCGGGCAACGCGCCGCGCCCCAGCGCCUUCGACAUCGAUAAUAGCGUCGGCGCGGGCGGCGCCAGCAUCCACUACAUCUGCGGCGACUGCGGGACCAAAUUCCCGCUAAAACGCACCGAUCCUAUUCGUUGCAAGGAGUGCGGAUGUCGCGUUUUGUAUAAGGAGAGGACGAAGCGAAUGGUUCAGUUCGAGGCGCGAUGAUUGAUCAGCGAGCGAAACGAGAGAUGGAUGGUUCAGGCGAGCGAAUAGUUCGGAGACAGCUUUGACGGUUGGCAGUUGAACAAAUUCACUACGGCAGAUGGAUGGUCGGCCCUGAUUUUGCGAUGGGAAUACCAAGCCGUGGCCCAGAGUCUUAGCAUACACCAUUAUGUGAGGAGUUCUACAGGAUGUUUCUAUACUCGCCAACCUCAUCACAAUCAAUACGUUAGGAAAAUGGAGUUUGGGAGUUCAUUACGGCAAAAUGCAUAAGCACUUAAGUUUAGAGA